GAGCCGAUCGCAUCUGCGGGCAUUGGUUUCACGCUGUCGCCUCCAGGUACUCGUCUUGUCCAGGUCAGCAAAGUCAGCAUCUCUAGACGGCAUUCACCUUACGUUCUGUAGAUGGACGAAGACCUCAUUAUGCACAUGGUGCUUGAGUAUAUCUCUCGCUUUGUCGAUGACGCCGAAGUCGCCGAAGUCGCCGAAGUACGUGUCGAAAUCACAAGAAGAGUUGUGUGCGCCGCGCUCAUACCCGUAUGUCUUGUCGCAUGGACUGUUUGGCUUGGGUUCAGCGCCAAUGCUCUUCAGCCCCUUCCAGUAAGAUGCUACACUCUGUCACAGCACCGUGGUAGUCUGUGGGUUAGGAUAGAAACCAGCACUAUGGAGCCCCCUCAUCAAGAUCCCGCAUCUUAUGACUGAGCACAGAUCUUUCAGACAGGACGGGUUGCUAGGGUUUUGCGUGUCUUCUUGUCCUUCCAAAGUCAUGCCAAUCGCAGUGUCGACACAACUGAGCAACUCC